AUGCGUCCUAUUCAAAUCAUCGUUUGCGGCAAGUCUUCACAUGUUGCCAUCGGUGUGAAAGAAGGCAUCCGACCUGCAUAUGAAGUUCUGCAUUUCAUCAACUCCGUGGAGGUUGGAGUGAGAGACCUCCCAUUUUUGCUCCAAGAACAAGCGCCUCCAUCUCAGGGCUGGGCAAACCUCGGAACUCAGCGCUACGGAGAAAAAGUUGGCGCGGUUGUAGCCGGUGGAGGAUACAAUGAUGCAGACUUUGCAAGGCUCCGAGAAGCCUGCGAAGGGAAGAGCAGAAUACCUUGGCUCCGUCACGAUAUAAGUAAUGAGAUCCUUUUGACACAACCUAAGCAAAAUGUGGGAAUUGAGUACGGAGAGCAGCUUUCGAAGCAGAUAGUGGAAGUCUUAGGUUCUUUGAAAAAGAAGAAUAAAAUGGAGGAGGAUGGUGUGUAUUGGUUUCAAACAGAGCCUGCUCCCAGAGGAUCUUCUGAGUGA